GAGAGAGAGAAUGGGUAGAGGGAGAGUUGAACUUAAGAGAAUAGAGAACAAAAUCAAUAGGCAAGUCACCUUUGCCAAACGCAGAAAUGGACUUUUGAAAAAAGCUUAUGAGCUUUCUGUUCUUUGUGAUGCUGAAGUUGCUUUGAUCAUCUUCUCUAACCGUGGCAAACUUUAUGAAUUUUGUAGCAGCUCAAGCAUGCUCAAAACGCUUGAGAGGUAUCAAAAAUGCAACUAUGGAGCACCGGAGUCAAAUGUCGUCUCUGCAAGAGAGGCACUGGAGCUAAGUAGUCAACAGGAGUAUAUGAAACUUAAGGCACGGUAUGAAGCCUUACAACAAUCGCAAAGGAAUCUCCUGGGUGAGGAUCUUGGUCCUUUGAGCUGCAAGGAGCUUGAGUCCCUAGAAAGGCAGCUCGAUACAUCUCUCAAACAUAUCAGAUCAGCUCGGACGCAAGUUUUGUUGGACACACUUUCGGAUCUUCAAAGAAAGGAGAAUGCACUAAAUGAAGCAAACCAUACCUUGAAGCAAAGGUUAAUGGAAGGAAAUCAAAUAAGUUCACUUCAUUGGUAUCCACAUGCUCAACAAGAAGUGUGUUAUGAUAGACAAUAUGUACCUCAACAACAAAGCAAUGAAGCCUUCUUUCAUCCACUUGAUUGUGGGCCCACUCUACAAAUCGGGUAUCAAACGGAUCUACUAACAGCUGCUGCGGGAGUAGGCCCAAGUAUGAAUAACUACAUCCAAGGAUGGAUGCCAUGUUAAAGAAAAUAACAAAAUAAUAUCAGUUUAUG